AUGGAAAUCAAUGAAUUAAUUCAAAAGUUAUCAUCCUUUGUUGAUGAUCAGUAUAAAAAGCCUCAAACAAUGUCCCAAGCCCAGAUUUCACUGGAAGAUAUUUUAAAGAACGACUCUCAGAAAAUCCUAGAAGUUGCUGAAGAUAGCAGUAAAAGAAGCCAGCACGAUAAUAUUCAUUCUGUAAUUAAAGAGCUUUAUAAAGAAAGUGAAAGCGAUGCGAAAUCUAUUGAUACUCCUAAGAUCAAAUAAUAUGAUAUACAGAGCUUGCUGCUCAAGAGAGAAAAAGAAAUUUGAAGAUCUUAAGACUCGAAACCAAGCUCCUAGAUCAGUCAGGUGCCAUAUAAACACUGUAAAUCGGCUAUAUGAAAGUCAGAGAGGGUACGACAGACGUGUUGAAGUCAGCAAGUUGCUGUAUGAACAAAAAAUACUUGGAAACAAUAAGCAGAGACCUCGUAUUAAUAACCACAGUCGCUCAAUUGUGCGGAAAAUUAACAAGUGGAAGCCAAUCUACAAAAGAACUCCCGAUAUUGUAGCAAAAAAUAAGAAUUACCUUGAAUCUAAAAGGAAGGAAAAUAUGGCUAAACAAGAAGAGGAGGAAGAAAAGCAAUGGAAGUUACUCCAAUCAAAAAGAGUAGAUGCUCAUACUAAAGAGAAAAGGAAGAAUAGCAAACAAUGACAGCAGUAUUACACAGAAACAGUUGUUCAAGGCCUUAAAGCAAAAGAACUAAAGCUUAAAGAGAAGAAGGAAAUAUACCAUCCACAACUUCCUGGGAUCCCUCAUAUUAAUAAGAGAGGUAGGAAACAGAAUAAAGGGGAAUUUGGAGAAAGACUUUAUAGUCAUAGUGAGAAAAGAGAAGAAAAGCUUAAUCAAUUGAUAAACGUGUCUCUUAAAACUCAUAGUUUCAAGCCAAACAUUAAUAAGCACAGUAAAAAAGUCCUUGAAAGAUCUGCACGCAGGAAAAAUACUUCUCGGAACAAGGAUCUAUAUCACCUUCACAACUCAGUAGAGCGAGCAAGCAAUUGGAUACAGAGCUAUUCUACAUCUGAUGAUAAGGUUAGAGAAUUCAUCAAAGAUUGGGGAGAAAAGACUCUAGAUACAAGAAGUGACUCAAAAAGAAUGGAAUAUAUGACUAAAAAUUCAGAAGACACUUUUUCAUCAGGCAAUUUCACUCUCCCUCAAAAGUUUGAUGACUUCAAGGGAUUUAUAGACUCCUACGAAGCCAGUUUAAGCAAAGCUAUUCUUGUAGAAGAAAAGUAUGGUACAAAACAAACGGUUUAUGAACCGACUCAGGAGGUAACUGAAUCACAAGAGGUUUCAAAUUACUAUGAAAGGAACCCUGAUCAAGUAGAGCCUAAUGCUCAGAAUACAAAAGAUGGACAUUAUGGUGAUAUUAACGAAAAUUACCAGACAUCCCGGUUCAAUGAAGAGGCUCCAAAAGAAAGUGAGAAUAGCAAAAGUGAAGAAGAUCAAGAUCAUACUUCAAAAUAUCAUUCAAGGAUUGAAGAUGGCAAAAGUGGACCAAUCUUGAAUAUCACUGUUAGUGAUAAUUCAAGAAUUAAUCCUAUCCACAAUGAAGGUCAGAGACAAGAUGAAUCAGGUCAAAAGUUUUUCCAUGAUGAGAUACCCAACCAGCCCAAAGAACAAGUGGAUAAGGUGGAAGGGAUUGAGAAUCUAAGUCAACAUGAAGAAAUACAUCAGAUUUUCGAGAAUUUCAAUAAUGAAAUCAACGAAGAAAUAAAGCAAAACUCCAGUCAAGAUCCAAGAGAUAAGCAAAGCUUAGAAGAAAGUAAGGAGUCGAUCAUGGAGGAGAUAAAUGAGCAGAUAUCUGAUCUUUCAGUUCAGAAUAAGAAAAUAGUUCAGGACUUCCUCAAUGAGAUGUUCGAUAACUAUGCAGACCAGGAAAGCUCGAAAUCACAGACCUCAAUUCCUUCUCUCCAUCAUAAAGGGACUGAGAAAAACUCUAAAAGGGCAAGUUUUACCCCAAUGAGUAAGAUAGAGACACUACGAGAUCUUGUAUCUCAGUUACAGAACAGGAGAGCUAGUCACGCUCCAGGGCAGCACAUCGAUUCAUUCUCAUCGCAAAGUAAAGAGCAGAAGAAAGUUCUGAAAUCUAAAACUUCAAGACAUAACCAUAAGGAAGAAAUUGUGGUUGAAAAUCUAGAAAAAGAACCUUCCCUAAAAGAAGAUGGAUUUAUCAAAAUCUCUGUUGAAGAGCACAAGAAGUUAUUAGAACAAGCCAAGAAAUUAGAAGAUUUAAUCCAAGGAAACUUCGAGGCAAAUCAGAUUUUACCAUCCCAACAUGAUGAAGUAAGUCGGAGGCUUGAUAAUGAUGAGAACUCUAAACUGAAUAUUACUCAAAGCAGUCAUACUCAAAGCCUACAGCAUAACAAUUCUGUGAAUGAAAAGGUAUGUAAAAUAGAAAGUAAAAGCACGCUAAGGCCAGAGCAUCAUCCGGCUGGCUCUCGUAAGAGGAUGAGCCAGCCAAAUUUCCCUCCUGAGGCUCACAAGAAAGCUGAUCUAAGAAGAUCCAAACUAGAAACUAAUAGUAAAAGAAGUGGAAGUAAAUCCAAAAACAAACAGAAAAUUGAUAAAAGUGGAACGCAAAAAGGGUCUAAAAAGGCUAAAACUGGUAAAAGCCAUCAAGUCAGUGCGAAAGGCCAGCCUAGCGUACCAAUGGUCGAUAACCAGAGACUCCAGGACUUGAUAAAGGCUCAGGAGCUUUCAGCUCAGCCUCAAGACAAGAUGUUACCUCUGCAAGAUCAAGAUGAGUUAAUGAAGCUUCUUUCUGAGGAAGAAGCUAUAGAGCAACAGAAAAAAAAGAGCGCCCUAUUUAAAACAGAAGAAAGGAAGAGCCGUGAUUCCUGGACUGAGAAAUGAGAGCUUUUAGAAGAAAGAGUCAGGAGCAUCAUCAAAAAUGAAAAUGAUGAUCAUAGUGAAAAGAGUAUUCAGAAGAGAAAGCUUCUUGGAAAUCUCCUCAACUACGCAAUGAGUGAAACCAGGUCUGCAAGAGAAGGAUCUGAAAUCAAUGGGUCUGAGAGGAGCUUCAAGAUCCCACCUGAAAUUCUUGAUGAGCUAGAGAAGCUAGGGUUUGAUACACUUAAAAUUCUUGGAGCUGUCAUGGAUCAGUUCAGCUAUUUGUUCGUUCAGAAAAAGAAAAAGAAGAACCACAGAAAGAAAGUAAUCUAAUUUCAAUAAUAUAGUGAUAUAAA